GGCGGGCCGACUCAAGGCGGGUCGGCGGCGUGCAAGCCUGGUGGGGUUGUAGCGAUGCGUGUCUGCGGCGUUUUCUCGGGUUGUCUGGAACCAGCAGCGUUGCUAGCCCCGCGGAAAUUCUGAUCUAGAGAGAGUAGAUCUAGCCAGCCGGUAACCAUGAGUGAAUGGAUGAAGAAAAGCCCCUUAGAAUGGCAAGACUACGUUUAUAAAGAAGUCAGAGUGGUAGCCAGUGAGAAGAAGGAGUAUAAGGGCUGGCUUGUGACUACAGACCCAGUCUCUGCCAAUAUUGUCCUCGUGACCUUCCUUGAAGAUGGCAGCUUGUCUGUGACUGGAGUUAUGGGGCAUUCUGUGCAGACUGUGGAAGUUGUGAGUGAAGGGGACCACAAAGUGAGGGAGAAGCUGAUGCGCUUGUUCACAUCCGUCGAUUGUGAAGGAUACAGCCCCGAGGAUCUGGAAAAGCGAAAGAACAGCCUGAAGAAAUGGCUGGAGAAGAACCACAUCCCUGUCACCGAGCAGGGAGAUGCACCGAGGACACUGUGUGUGGCUGGGGUUCUGACUGUCUACCCACCCUAUGCUCCAGAAAAUUGCAGCAGCUCCAACGAGAUCAUUCUGUCCCGCAUUCGGGACCUUAUUCAAGGACAUCUCUUGGCCUCCCAGUGAGAGGCCGAGCCUGUGGGCUGGCUUACUCCAGAGGACUCCACUGUUUGGUUUUGUGUUAAUUGUUUCUAUUGUAAGUUGAUGAUAUUAUAGGAGUUCAGAAGCACAGUGGGGUGUGUGUGUGUUAAGUUUUUGUGUAGGUCAGAUUGGAUGAGUAGACCUGAGUGCUGAUUUCCCUGGGAAGUAAAGGCCCAAAAAGAGCAUCCCGUGCACUGAAAUAGAAGCAGGGAAGUAGUACUUGUGAGGGGUUUUUCUGUGGCGCUGAUAAAUGCUCUUUUUGUAAAGCAGGAAUGCUUUUGAAUAGACAGAACAAUGUUAAAUAGCCAGGUGGUGGCACAUGCCUUUAAUCCCAGCACUCAGGAGGCAGAGGCAGGCGGAUCUUUGUUUGACACCAGCCUGGUCUAUAAGAGCUAGUUCCAGGACAGGCUCCAAAGCUACAGAGAAACCCUGUCUCAAAAAAAAAAAAAAAAUGUUAAGUGAAUUUAUAAAUUUAAAUUUCAGUAUAAGAUAUUAAGGUAAAAAUCACAGUCUCAGGUCCCUUUGACUAACCAGACCUCUGUGUUAUUAAAAUACUGGUCUUUGAGAUUGAAAACAACACAAUAUUUGAAUUAGAGUAAUUUGGUUUGGUUAUGGCUUGUGCCCCCUACAGCUCUUGUGAUAGGAAUUUCUAACUUUAAGAUGAGACAAGGGGCUACAGAUAGCUCAGCAGUUAGGUGCACUCGCCAUUCUUCCAGAGGACGUGGGUUCAGUUCCCAGCACCCACAUGGCUUCUCACAACUGUCAGUAACUCCAGUUCCGGGGACCUAACAUACAUGUAGGCAAACACUAAUGUAUGUAAAAGGAAAUAAACCAUUAAGAAAACAGAGGUGAGAUAUAACGGGAAAUCUUUAGGCAGGCGGAUCUCUGAGUUCAAGGCCAGCCUGGUCUACAAAGUGAGUUCCAAGACAGCCAGGGCUGUCACACAAAGAAAAGCUGUCUCAGAACAAAAGAAGAAAAAAGUUAACAUGCUCCAGCUCUGACUUAAUAGAGCCGAUGCCAGAUUACUGUCCUGUACCUCCAGCACUGAGCUGUUUCUCUUCAUAAAUAGCCCAUUGCAGGUAUUCGGUUGAUUUUAGUGACUCAAAGAUGACUGAUAUGGAGGA